CCCAUCAUGCUUCGACAAGCCCUCGCCACCUCCUCCAGGGCCCUGCGCUCAACGCCGACCAUCGCUGCCAGCCGCGCUUUUCUGCGGCCUCAAAUUCAGAAUGCCGCCCCCGCCAUCUCAAUAAGAUCCUUCCAGCCCAUCGCCAGCCGGUGGUACAGCGAGAACAAGGAGGCUACAGAGACCAAGGAGGCCCCUGCGGCCGACCAGAAAACUGAAGAAAAGACUGAGUCGUCCUCAGAGGGAGACAAGAACGGCGAGCCCGAUGCCGUUGCUCAGCUGAAGAAGGAUCUCGAGGCCAAGGACAAGGAGGCCCGUGACUGGAAGGACAAAUGCCUCCGCACCGUCGCCGACUUCCGCAACCUCCAGGAGCGCACCGCCCGCGAGGUCAAGGCCGCCCGCGACUUCGCCAUUCAAAAGUUCGCAAAGGACCUCGUCGACAGCGUCGACAACCUCGACCGCGCCCUCUCCACCGUGCCCGCCGACAAGCUCAAGGCCGAGGAGAAGAGCGAGGACCUCAAGGAGCUGGCCAACCUCUACGAGGGCCUCAAGAUGACCGAGGGCAUCCUCAUCCAGACGCUCGCCAAGCACGGCCUCGAGCGCCUCGAGCCCGAGGGCGCCAAGUUCGACCCCAACGAGCACGAGGCCACCUUCAUGGCGCCGCAGCCCGGCAAGGAGGACAACACCGUCUUCUUCGUGCAGCAGAAGGGGUUCAAGCUCAAUGGCCGUGUUUUGCGUGCCGCCAAGGUUGGCGUUGUGAAGAACUCCUAA